GCCAUGCGAUUCUUUGACAUUGACAUCGCAGCUGUCAUAAUAGAACGUGUGUGUCUUGCUCGUUUAUGUAAAUAGAAACUUUUGUUGCGGAAAUUCAAGACCGAAAUUUUUUGUAGAGUUCAUUAGCGAAUAAAUAAACAACGAUGGGACUUCCAGAAGGAUGGAACGACUACCAACGAGUCGGUAAACCAGUUCAUGGAACACGUUUUAUUGCAUUCAAAGUACCACUCAAAGAGGGAAUGAACCGAGGAAGCCAAGUGCCGGAUGAAAAACAGCUCUAUCCGAAAUUGCUCGUUUCACUCGUACCGAAACUUGGACUUGUGAUCGAUCUCACAAACACACUCAAGUACUACAAUCCAGACGAAUUUACUCAGCUUGGUGUUGAAUAUGAGAAAAUCCGAGUCCAAGGCCAUCAUGUUCCCAAUUAUGAAUGCUCCGUACAGUUCCGUGACAGAGUCAAAAGGUUUUUAGAAGAAAACGAAGAUAAUGAUAAAUUGAUUGGCGUGCAUUGUACCCACGGACUGAAUCGAAGUGGCUUUAUGAUUUGUCGAUAUAUGAUUGAGGAAAUGAAUACUCCACCGAUCGAUGCUAUUACAGCUUUUGAAGAGGCGCGCAGUCAUCAAAUGGAGCGUGAGAAUUAUUUAGAAAAAUUGAGGAAUUUAACGGCAAAAGAUGGGAAUGAGGAAAAAAUACCAAAAUUACCAUCGCUGGCCAUCGACACCGAGACAGACAAAGGGACGCAAACAUUGCGUGGUUUUUGGAUCGACGAACAUUCGAUACCGACAUCAAAUCGAUCAAUGCCAUCACCGCAAACACCAUUAGAUGCCUUCAAUCAAAUACAAAAACAGGUUAACUUGAUAGGCUGUGUAAAUGUGCAACGUAAUGAUUUGAUACCAGACGGCCGAGGUGGUUAUUUUGUACAUAUCAAUAGUAAAGAUGUAAAACGUAUCGAUUCACAUCCACCGCCCAAUCGGCACCGUCAAAAUUUCAACAAAAGACCAACACAUCAAUAUCCAAACACACAUACAUCAGCACCAUACAACCCACAACAAAGGUAUAACCCACAUCAACCACCGCCACAAGUGCCCUAUAUGCAAAGACCAAGAUACCAAGGCGAUCCGUUGCCGUACAGUAGCAAUUAUGGCGAAGAAAUAUUCCGAAUGCAAACUAUGUCAGGUAGAUACAACGACUCACUGCCCCAUGGUAACAACAAUUUGGCCGAAGACCUACUCCGAAUGCAAAACAAACGAGGACCACCACGUCGAUCACGUUUUGAUCAACCAUUCUAACAAGAUCUGGUUUUCGCAUUAAAUAAAACCGAAAUGAUCAAAAAAAAAAAAAUCACAGAUUCCUCACAUCGAUUCCCAAUGUUAAAACUAAUGAAAUGAAACUAUUUGUUAUACAAAAUAAAAUACCGUUGAAAAUUAACAAAGAAAGAGAGAAAUUUGUAAUAAAAAUGGAUAAAAUAACAUU